GAUGCAGUUCCUGGUCCAGCCUGUAGAUGUCUCCAGGACCGUUUCAUCGGAUCCCUCAGUUCCUGAACCACAGAAGAAAGACAGCAGGAACCGCUGCUGCAGCGACAGGCUGGCGGAGAAACGGCUGGGUCCUGGGGAACCCGCAUGGAGAAGGUGAUCAGCUGCUUCCGGUGGAGACCGGAAGCUGUGACCAGGCUCAUCUGCUUCCCCUGGGCAGGCGGGGGCUCCAUCCACUACGCCCGCUGGGGGGACGUCCUGAACAGCUCCGUGGAGGUGUUGGCGGUGAAGCUGCCGGGCCGGGAGAGCCGAGCCAGGGAACCGUUCUUCGACAACAUGCAGCAGAUCGUGGAUGAAGUCAUCUCAGCUCUGCUGCCGCUGCUGAAGGAGAAACCGUUUGCUCUGUUUGGCCACAGUUUUGGAGCUCUCACCAGCUUUGCUGUUGCAGAAGAUCUGAAGAAAGUUCACAACUUGGAGCCGAUCCACAUGUUCCUGUCUGGAGCUUCAGCUCCACAUUCUGAAACUCGCCUCAAAGCUCCAAAACGAAGCGAGUUAUCGGACGGCGAGUUCCUCCGGUGGUUGGCGUCCGUCGGGGGAACGCCGCCGGAGCUGCUGGCCAACCCUGACGUUGUGAGGCUCUUCCUGCCGGCCCUGAAGGCCGACCUGCGCGUCGUGGAGAACUACAGGCGCUCAGAACCAGACGGUCCGGUUCUGUCCUGUCCCGUCACGUGUUUCGACGGAAAGGAGGACGUUCCUCACGACUUGCAGGCUUGGAGGAGCGUCACAGCUGGAGAUUUCACCGUCAGGAUGUUUGACGGCUCUCACUUCUACCUGAAGGAUGCUGGGAAUGAAAAGAUCCUGCUGGACUUCAUCACAAAGACUCUGGAGGCGGCAGAAAUGCAUUAUCUAUGACUGAAGUGGCUAUUAUAUAGUCUGUAAAAAAUAAAACGUUUCUCAGAAAA